AUGGGUUUCGUCAAUUUUAAGAACUAUCGGGUCUAUAUCCUGACAUCGGUGGCCUAUCUGGGCUCCCUGCUCUUUGGCUAUGACACGGGUGUCAUGGGCUCAGUCCUGGCCCUCUCGAGUUUUAAAAAGGACUUUGGCCUUCCCGUUGACUCCUCCGGAUUCAGCGAUGAGAAGAACGCUCACAUUUCCUCCAACGUGGUCUCACUACUCACAGCGGGAUGUUUCUUCGGAGCCAUCUUUGCUGCUUACAUGAACGACAAGUUCGGCCGACGAUACUCCCUGAUGAUCUUUGCCGUGAUCUUCCUGGUUGGCGCAGCGAUUCAAGUCGCAGCUCACCAUAAGAUUGGCAUGAUCUACGGUGGGCGUGUCAUCGCCGGUUUUGGUGUCGGUGGUAUGUCCAGUAUUACACCCGUAUUUGUCAGUGAGAACUGCCCUCCAGCAACUCGCGGCCGCAUUGCUGGUCUCUUCCAGGAGUUCCUGGUGAUUGGUAGCACCUUCGCCUAUUGGCUGAACUAUGGUGUUGCGCUUCAUGUUCCCGAGGGUACAAGCCAAUGGCGUAUCCCGGUUGGCAUCCAGCUUGUUCCGGGUGGUCUAAUGCUUGUCGGGCUACUCUUCCUCAAAGAGUCUCCUCGCUGGUUGCUUUCUAAGGGCCGCCGGGACGAUGCACUCAAGUCGCUUGCUUACAUUCGCAAUGAGUCUGAAAGCAGCGAGUCUGUUCAACUCGAAUUUGCUGAGAUCUCGGCUGCUAUCCACGAGGAAGCACAGGCUACCGAGGGCCUCACUUGGAGAGAGUGUCUGAAGCCAAGUAACCGAUACCGCUUCUUCCUGGCAUUCCUCUUGAUGUUCUGGCAGCAGUUCUCCGGGACAAACAGCAUCGGAUACUAUGCCCCUCAGAUCUUUGCCAGCGUCGGAUUGAGCAAGACAGACACCUCGUUAUUUGCCACUGGGAUCUACGGCACAGUCAAGGUUGUUUCAACGGCCGUCUUCCUGAUCGUCGGUAUCGAUCGCUGGGGCCGAAAGAAGAGUUUGAUUGGAGGUGCCGCUUGGAUGGCCAGCAUGAUGUUCAUCAUUGGCGCAGUGUUGGCGACCAAUCCCCCAGUUCAAGACGCCGAAUCUGUCUCAUCAGCCUCUAUCGCCAUGGUUGCAAUGAUUUAUCUAUAUGUCAUCGGAUACUCAGCAUCGUGGGGACCGGUUCCUUGGGUGUACCUUGGUGAGAUCUUCCCAACUCGUCUUCGCGCCUACGGUGUCGGUUUCGGUGCCGCGACGCAAUGGCUGUUCAACUUCGUCAUAACCGAAAUCACCCCUCGUGCUAUCAACAAGAUUGGCUGGAGGACUUUCCUGAUGUUUGGUAUCUUCUGCUCUGCCAUGUGUAUCUUCGUCAUUAUAUUCUUCAAAGAGACCAAGGGCCGGACUCUGGAGGAAAUGGAUCUUAUCUUCGGUGCCGUUGAUGAGCAGCAACGACGCGCUGAUGUGGAGCACACCUUACAAAAGACUCACGUUAUGCAUGAAGAGCGUGUAGACACCACGGAGACUGAGAAGACUCCGAACACCACUGAGUACAAGGAGUGA